AAGCGCAAACAAAUGUAGACAUGUAGUAUUCAUGCAGCACUGCGCCAUACAAAGACUCUUCUGGCGUUUCUGAGUGGGAUACAGAGCGGCAGAGAAAGUGGAUGAGCUUUAAGCCUCUUAUUUCCACAUGAACUGGGGACAGACAGGCUUAGGAAACAGUGGCUUUAAAGCAUCAACUUACACCCUCAAGACCAGAAACUUAGAUCCGUGGCUCGCCAUCGCAGGAGUCUGUUUUGCUCUUUAAUUUGAUCCUGCCUCCACAAAAAGAGUAAAACGAGCUCAUUGCAUGUGACGGGAUCAAUGACUAUUUCAGCAACCGGAUGUGUCACGCAGCGUCAAGUCCCCCACGCCACCACCACGUCCACUCGCCCUCCUCUGUAUCUCCGGAUCGGCUGCUUUGGUUUGGACUGGGGGGAAAUCCUUAACUGAAUUGCGUCAUAAAUACGUCAAUAAACUCCCAUUCACUGACGGUCAGGUACCACGAUAGCCGCCAUAUUCGCAUCCAUGGCAGGGUAGCGGUGCUCUCGGCGAGCGUAUGAUCCAGUCAUCGGCAUCAACCGACCCCCCGAUCCCAUCCCGCUAGCGGUCCGCAGCCACACAGCUCGCGUCUGGACAUCAAAGCCGAACAAGCCGGACUUCCACAGAGGAGGAGGAGGAGGGGGGCUGGAAGAAGACAUGCAACGUGGAGCGGGGGUCUAGGUGAAGUACGAUGCCUUAGACUUGGAGAGGAAUCCUGGCACAAGAUGGAGGUAAACAGCGUUUGUGGUGAGGUCAAUGGACAUCAGAUCAUGGACGAGCCCAUGGAGGAGGGAGACUCUUUCUCACACUGUGAUGAUGGGACUUAUAAGGAGAUUCCUAUCACCCACCAUGUGAAAGAAGGCUGUGAGAAAGCUGACCCAUCUCAGUUUGAACUGCUCAAAGUCCUCGGCCAGGGCUCUUUUGGCAAGGUAUUUCUUGUCAGGAAGAUCGUGGGUCCAGAUGCUGGUCAGUUAUAUGCAAUGAAAGUUCUAAAAAAGGCAUCUUUGAAAGUCAGGGACAGAGUUCGCACUAAAAUGGAAAGAGACAUUUUAGUGGAAGUCAAUCAUCCCUUCAUAGUGAAAUUGCACUACGCCUUUCAGACAGAAGGGAAACUGUAUUUAAUACUGGACUUUCUCAGGGGAGGGGAUGUAUUCACUCGCUUAUCCAAAGAGGUUAUGUUUACAGAGGAAGAUGUGAAAUUCUACCUUGCAGAGCUGGCCCUGGCCCUCGACCAUCUGCACAACUUGGGCAUAGUUUACAGAGAUCUCAAGCCAGAGAACAUCUUACUUGAUGAAGCUGGACACAUAAAGUUAACAGACUUUGGCUUGAGUAAAGAGUCAGUAGAUGCUGAUAAGAAGGCUUAUUCCUUCUGUGGUACGGUGGAGUAUAUGGCCCCUGAGGUGGUCAACAGGAGAGGACACACGCAGAGUGCGGACUGGUGGUCUCUGGGAGUACUUAUGUUUGAGAUGCUUACAGGCACAUUACCGUUCCAAGGGAAGGACCGCAAUGAAACCAUGAACAUGAUUCUAAAAGCUAAGUUGGGAAUGCCCCAGUUCCUGAGUUUGGAGGCCCAGAGUUUGCUGAGAAUGCUGUUUAAACGUAACCCUGCUAACAGGCUAGGGGCCGGGCCCGAUGGAGUGGAGGAGAUCAAACGCCACGCUUUCUUUUCCACCAUCGACUGGAAUAAACUGUAUCGGAGAGAGCUCCAGCCCCCAUUCAAGCCUGCAGCAGGUAAACCAGAUGACACGUUCUGCUUCGACCCAGAGUUCACCGCUAAGACGCCUAAAGACUCCCCAGGUAUCCCGCCCAGUGCUAACGCCCACCAGCUCUUCAAAGGCUUCAGUUUUGUUGCUCCAACCCCCAUGGAUGAGAGCAAGAGCUCCCCGAUGCUCAGCAUACUCCCUAUAGUUCAGAUGCACGGGGGCUCAGCCAAGUUCUCCGAUCUGUACGAGCUGCAGGAGGACAUCGGGGUCGGCUCGUACUCCAUCUGUAAACGCUGUGUACACCGAGUCUCUGCCAUGGACUAUGCUGUGAAGAUUAUAGACAAAAGUAAGAGGGACCCUUCUGAAGAGAUUGAAAUCCUGAUGCGAUAUGGACAGCACCCCAACAUCAUCACCCUGAAAGACGUGUAUGAUGAGGGCAGGUAUGUAUACGUGGUGACAGAGCUGAUGAAGGGAGGCGAGCUGCUGGAUAAAAUCCUGAGGCAGAAGUUUUUCUCUGAGAGAGAGGCCAGUGCUGUGCUCUACACCAUCACCAAGACUGUUGACUACCUCCAUUGCCAAGGGGUGGUACACCGAGAUCUGAAGCCCAGCAACAUCCUGUACAUGGAUGACUCGGGGAAUCCCGACUCCAUCAGGAUCUGUGACUUUGGAUUCGCCAAGCAGCUUCGGGGAGGCAACGGCUUGCUCCUCACGCCCUGUUACACUGCCAACUUUGUGGCACCAGAGGUACUAAUGCGACAAGGUUAUGAUGCAGCCUGUGAUAUAUGGAGCCUUGGAGUUCUACUGUAUACCAUGUUGGCAGGGUACACACCCUUUGCUAAUGGGCCAAACGACACACCAGAGGAGAUCCUUCUCCGGAUAGGAUCAGGAAAGUUCUCUUUGACGGGUGGCAACUGGGAUACUGUAUCAGACAUCUCAAAGGACCUUCUGUCCCAUAUGCUUCAUGUGGACCCUCACCAGCGAUACACAGCAGAGCAGGUUCUAAAGCAUUCCUGGAUCACAUGCAGAGAUACGCUACCACACUUCCAGCUCACACGCCAUGAUGCACCACACCUCGUCAAGGGAGCAAUGGCUGCCACCUAUUCAGCACUGAGCCAGAAGACAAGUCAGCCGGUGUUGGAGCCCGUGGCGGCGUCCAGUCUGGCCCAGAGACGCAGCAUGAAGAAACUCACCUCAACAGACAUGUAGACUCACAUCGCUCGCCCUCCAGUUUUGACCUCACUCUGUCAGACUCUCAUACGCAAAAACAAACCCAAGUGUUGGCCAGUCAGAACUACUGUCUCCCUUUUUUCUUUUUUUUUUUUAAAUCUUAUUUAUUUGACACACCCAACGUCUGCACUCACACCUGCGUACAUAUAAACACACACUUAGCGCCGGACGAGGUUGCAUUGCAAAGAAGUCAGCCGACGAGGGGAAACUCACAUAUCUGUUACUGCUGGGGAGACAGACUUGUAUUUAUUUCCACAGCUUUCAUAUGCACUUGCCCUCCUCGCCUUUCAUUCUUUCUUCCUCAUGUGGGGAAGAAACGCACCAGCUGAUGUUCUCCUUCACUGUGAUUGGCUGAUUCAAAGCUGCUUUGGUAAACUGUGCCCCUCCCACUGCUCUUCAUCUUGGCUCGGCCUUCCCCCUCAGUUCUCUCGUUCCGUUUGCUUCCGCUCUCCUUAACUUCUUUCCUUCGAAGUGAAGUAAUGAUUUAUGUGCGAGAGUGCUGGCAAGAUGAUGUUGACCGAGGUACACUGUAAGACUGUUUCUUUUCCUGAAAAAAAAAAAAAAAAAUAAGAAAAUAGAAAUACGAUUCUGCUUGUGGCGAUAUUAGAAAAUCCCUCGGGGUCAAAAUCAUUUACCAGCACUUUUGGUAACAUAAAUGCAUGUUUGGACCCAAUCUGUAUUCCCCUUCCCCUAAAAAUUCACCAUCUGACUCCUGUUACUUUGUGAAGCUAACAAUGUAUCAAAAGAGGUUAAAUAAGCUGCAGAUGGACUAAAGAUAACGUCUAGUUUGAAGGUGAAACAAUGUGGUAACAAUAACAGAAAUUCUCGUUUGCAAAAAAAAUAUAUAUAUAAAUAUAUAUAUGUGUAUGUAUGUAUGUACUGAAGAUGAUGAAGAUGAAGAGCAUGUGGGGGAGCUGUAGGGAUUUCUCUGGGGGGGAUGGGACGCACCCCGUCGAACCAGAGAGGCUGAAUUAAAAGAAAAAAAAAUAAUAUUUCCAUGGAUAUCUCUUCAAAAAGACAUUGUGGAAAUUGUAUGAUAUUGUAUUUAUUUCAUUUGAUUUUUAAGAUUCUAUUUUUCUUUCAGGUUCUGUAUAUAUUGACAUUAAAGAUCAUAAUUGACAUGCGUU